AUGACUGAACCUUCAGACGACGAUACAGAUUAUGAUAAUAACUUUGUGUUAAUAGCUUUAAUCGCUGCAUUACCAUUUCUUAUUGGAGGAAUAAUUUUAUGUCUUGUUGCUUGUGUAGGCGAUGAACCGUCGAAAAAAUCUACACAUAGUAGAACAAGACCAACAAGAGAUACAAAUUUACCAAGACCAACAAGAGACAUAAUUUUACCAAGACCGCAAGCUGCUCAUUUAAAAUUCGAAGAUAAUGAGACAUUGAUUGAUAGUGAAUCAUGUAUUGCUAUACGAAAUUUGAGUGAUUUAGAAUCAGCAGAAACAAAAGUCAAUUGA